AAUCGCCCUUCCCUUGUCUUUGUUUCGCCACCAAUGGAUUGGCAAUGGAAAGUCAGGCUGAUUGCUGCCGCCAGUCUCGCUAGCAUUGCCGUGCUAAUCGCGCGUCGCCAUCGCCAACGCCGCCGCGCCCAGCGCGAGGCAAACGCGCGUGCAGUCCUGAGCCACAUGGCUGCAGUUGAGCAGCAGCGCCUGGCGGACGACAACGUCGACCAGCCGCCCCAACGCGUGGCAGAUCAUCAAGCCACGCAAGAACUCCGCUCUGCGUUUGCCGCCACGGCCGCGCUCGCCGAGUCCGCCGGCCAGCUCGAUGGCGCUGAGAAGAGCAUUGCCGACCGCAUUGUUGCUGCAGCAUCUGCUGCUGGCGGGCAGGUCGCGGACGGAGCAAGUGCCAUUCCCAACAACAGCAACAGCAACAGCUCGCCGACAUUGCCUUCUUCGGCCUGGUCGCUGCUUCGAGUCGAUCUGGUUGCGCCAGACCCGGCGAUCGGGCGUCCUGUCGCAGUCACGGGCAACUGGGCCAUGCUCGGAUGUGCUGCUGCGUUUGGAAAGGCUCCCCUCUAUUUCCUGCAAGAAUGCCAACAACGGCUCGGCGACGUCUUUACGCUCAAUCUCGCUGGAAGGCGGAUGACCAUGAUCGCGGAUCCCAAGUACUUUGAAGACGGCUUUUUCAACGCCGAGCCUGCCAUCAGCUUCAAGCACGCCAUCCAGAACUUUGUCGUGAACAUUGCCGGCAUUGACCCGCAGCGCGUUCUCGACACGCAUCGGGCAAGCCACGACCUCAUGAAGGGGAAACUGGCGCCAAACAUGCUGGGUCCGUUUGUUCCGACGCUUUCUGCCAACUUUGCAUCCGAAAUUGAGUACUUUCGCAACCGAGUCUUCCAGUUCCUGGACACCAAAAAGUCUGCAGACGGCUCCCCAGCAGUGGCCCCCUUCCAUGCACGAAUGAUUUCCUCGCCAGAUUCUUCAGGCUCCCCGACGACGACCGUCGAAGUGGAUCUACUGUUCUUUGUCCGCCAUGUCAUGUUCCGCGCGGCCGUUCCUUGCCUCUUUGGGCGCGAAGCUGCCGACGGCGAAAAGCUUGCCACCCUGUUUACCAACUUUUACAUUUUCGACAAGGACUUUGAGUAUGGCACUCAACUCCCAGGCGUGCUGCUCCCUGCAUUCGCCAAAGCCAGAAAGUGGAUUAUGGAGAACAUCUUCCGCCCCACGGUCGCACGAGUCCGGCAACGCGACCCCGAGAAUCCCGACCCGAAAGCUGUCAACCAGGCUCUCUUCCACUCGCUUUCGCAUCUGUUCCACGCGAGUGAUGCGCCUGGUUACGGCAUGCUCCUGCUCUGGGCAUCCCAAGCCAACAGCAUUCCCGGAAGCUUCUGGGUGCUUGUCUUCCUCCUCUCUCAUCGGCAGCUGUACGACCAAGCGCGCGCAGAAGUGCUCGCCGCGACGAAAGGCGCUGCAUCCAUCACCUCCGAGAUGGUUGCUCAGAUGCCGUUUUUGCGCCGCUGUAUUUUGGAAACCAUCCGGCUUCGCGCUCCUGGCAUGAUCACCCGUCGCACAACCGAGGAAGUGCGCAUUGGCGAGUACACUAUCCCUGCUGGAGACUUUUUGGUGUUGUCCCCCUUCUGGGCGCAUCGCCGAGGCGCCAACUUCCAGUCUCCCCAUGAGUUUUUCCCAGACCGCUGGCUUGCUGCAGAUGUGGACAAGAACAAGCUGCUGGAUGGAUUCAUUGGCUUUGGUGGUGGCCGUUACCAAUGCCCUGGUCGCUGGUUUGCGCUGACCGAGAUGGCGCUGUUCCUCGCUCACAUGUUGCAAUCGACGCGCUUGGAGCUUGCCAGCCCAGCGCCCGAGCCCAGCCCGCUGCAUCUCGUGGGCGUGCAAGAACCACGCACGCAGUGCCUUGUGAAUGUUCAGUUUGCGUGAAAGGGUUGUGGAUGUGAUGUAAGCAUGAAGAAUUCUUUUGUUGUUCAUGACAAAAUUCGACAACAAAAAACGCGACCAGCGCUUAAC